AUGGCUACCGCAGUUGCAUCACUAUUUGGCUUCAAACAAUCCAAUCCACAGAUUAGAGAAGUCCCCGUUGAGCCACCCAAGGCACUUCCGGCUUCUUGGUACCGUUCGCCAGAGGUCUACGAGUUAGAAAGACGAGCUAUCUUCUCCAAGAAGUGGAUCUUGGUCACACACAAGCUACGAUUCAACAAGGCUGGAGACUUCCUGAAAUUCGAAGAGGCCGGUUUCUCUUUUGUGUUAUGUCUCGAUCGAUCUGGGAAUCUGAACGGAUUCCACAACAUCUGCCGUCAUCGAGCAUUCCCUGUUAUUACCGAGAAUGAGGGAAAUGUGAAGAUUCUCUCUUGCAAAUACCAUGGAUGGUCAUAUGGUCUCAAUGGGAAACUCGCCAAAGCACCGAAGUUCGAAGACGUUCCAGGGUUUGAAAAAGAGAACCAGAGCCUGUUUCUAGUCCAUGUGCACGUCGAUAAACUAGGUUUUGUCUGGGUCAAUCUGAACGCCUCACCCAACCCAAUUCCUUGGGAAGAAGACUUCAAUCGUGUGGAUGAGCAGGAACGCUUCAAGCAAUUUGACUUCACCCAAUACGAAUUUGAUCACACUUGGGGCAUGACCGGGGAUUACAACUGGAAAACCUUGGCAGAUAAUUACAAUGAAUGUUACCAUUGUACUGUCGCCCAUCCUGAUGUGGCCAAUCUUGCCGAUCUUUCAUAUUACUAUACUGUUUCGACACCGGGGCAUAUCCAACACUUUUCCCGACCAAGGGAAGAUAAAGUGGAGGAGGAUAUUCAGAACGCCAGUACUUAUUACUUCCCCAACGCCUGCAUGACAGUAUCACCUCACUUUUUCUACAUGAUGCGAUGUGUUCCAACGUCUGUCGGAACUUGCUCCAUGGAGUACGAAGUCUACCGGCAUAAGGAUGCUUCAGAUGAAGAUUUCGAGUACAUCGAUUCAUUCUUCAAGAGAGUACUCGACGAGGACAAGCAUCUCUGCAAUGCAGCCCAGAAGAACCUAAAUGCUGGAGUCUUUGUUAACGGCCAACUACAUCCCCGCCUUGAGAGUGCUCCCAUCUUCUUCCAAAACACCGUUCGAGCUCUUCUGAAGACCCAUAGAGAUGAGGAGAUGAGCGAGAAGCGGGAUAUUUGGCCUGCAAGACAACAAUCAGCAGGCCAGGCCACGGCAGAAGAUAUGGAAUUUUGUUCUGGGCUAUCCUGUUCUAGUGAGGGCAAUAGAGAAUUGGCAUGGUAG